CCMCCMCCCCCCCUUUCUUUAUGGGUUCUUUGGUGCCUUCAAAAACCCGGCAGACCUUCAGGUGGCGCAUCUCCCUGACUUCAUGAGAGGGGCAUAACCAUCUCUUGGCAGGCCUUUCCUGGUGGCGAUGUCUGAGGAAAACCUGGGGGAAGAGUCGGGCAGCUCCCCCGUCUCUCCUCGGGACAGCCUCAGCAACAGCGAGGGGGAGCCGGACAGGCAGCCCAAGAGGUCCGCGCGGAGGAGGAAGAAGAAGAGGACGAGCAGGAAGAACCAGGGGGAGGAGGACUCGGACAGCCCGACCCCGGGCAAGCGAGGCAAGAAGUCGGGCAGCAGCGGCGGUGGCAGCCCGCAGUCCCUCGAGGAGCUCCAGUCGCAGCGCGUCAUGGCCAACGUGCGCGAGCGCCAGAGGACGCAGUCGCUGAACGAGGCGUUCGCGGCGCUGCGCAAAAUCAUCCCGACGCUGCCCUCGGACAAGCUGAGCAAAAUACAGACGCUGAAACUGGCGGCCAGGUACAUCGACUUCCUGUGCCAGGUGCUGCAGAGCGACGAGCUGGACUCGAAGAUGUCGAGCUGCAGCUAUGUGGCGCACGAGAGGCUGAGCUACGCCUUCUCCGUGUGGAGGAUGGAGGGCGCCUGGUCCGUGUCCACAUCUCACUAGUCUGGAGACAUAAGUUGGGCCCGGACGGGUGACUGCUGAAUGCUUGAUUUCUGAAGGGAAACUCUGGAGUCCAAUGCUGGAAACAUGGGAUCACUACAAACUGAAGCUGACUGAAGCUGRAGACCUUCUGUGCAGAAAAAGGUCUCACAGCUCCAAAGCAGCCCGUUCUGAAUGUU